AUGAACAUGGGUAUUGGGGAUGCCUUCGACCUCGGAUGGAAGCUCGCCUCAGUCAUCAAUGGUGAGGGCGGGCCAGAGCUCCUCAGGUCAUAUGAGCUAGAGCGCAAGCCAGUAGCCCUCAAAAAUGUGGAGCGGUCCCAUGAUCACUUCAAGGUUCACAAUGAGUUGCAGACGCUUCUCGGCGGCGGUGACCCUCGUCGCGUCGAUACCGACACAAAAGAAGCACAUCUGCUCAGACAGCGUGUUGACGAAUUCUAUCAAAGGCAUGAUGGAGAAAACAGGGACCUUGGAAUUGAGAUGGGAUACCGGUACAACUCACACAUUAUUGUACAUCAAGAAGACGACGGCAGCGAGCCUCCCUCGGAUCCGCGUUGUUACACGCCAACAACAUGGCCUGGUGGUCGACCUCCCCACAUUUUCCUUUCCGAUGGCACCGCUAUAUUUGACAGGUUUGGCAAACACUGGUCACUUCUUUGCUUCACGGAUACUGAUGUGGGACAAUGUCAUCUUAUCCAAGCCGCGAACGAUUUGGGCUUGAGUCUGUCGCUGAUCAAUCUUCCAGGAGAGGCGCAAGCUAGAACCUUGUAUGAGCGAAACCUGGUUCUAAUUCGCCCAGACCAGCAUGUCGCCUGGAGAGCUGAGACAGUGAACUCACCGGCGAUCGCAGAUACUGUUCUACGGACUGUCUCUGGGCACAUGACUACGGAGGUGAAGAAUCCGGUCAUCGGGGAUGCAAAGCCUGGAAUAGAAGUGCCUGCUGAAUCGGGGGUGAAGGCAUAG